GAAACAGUGGGCGCAAAGGGACACCUGACAAUUUCAGGUUAAUUUUCGUUUCUUCCAACGAAUAGGCUUUGAUUUUCUCUCUCUCUCCUUUCAAAGGCCACUUAUUUACUUUUCGCCUCUGGUUUUCCAACUCGUGUAGUGUGUAUAUAUAAACAGCGAUGCGGAAAUUUGUGAUUGCAAUGCAAGAAAUCUCCUUCAAAGUUCACGUCAAAACUAUCACUUUCAACGUUCUCUAACUUCCUUUUUCCCAUUCUCCAUACCCUUUUCUUCUCCCCUACUAUUGUAGCUGAUUCCCAUUUCUUCUUCUUCUUCUUCUUCAACAAUGGCUCCUCAGGUUACUGUUGAUAGUAUUAACCCCAAGGUCAUUGAUUGCCAGUAUGCUGUACGUGGUGAGAUUGUCAUCCUUGCGCAGAAAUUGCAACAAGAGAUACAGGCUAAGCCAGAGGCUUAUCCCUUUCAAGAGAUUCUGUACUGCAACAUUGGAAAUCCUCAGUCUCUUGGUCAGAAGUCAAUAACCUUUUUCCGAGAGGUUCUUGCAUUGUGCGACCAUCCAGCCAUUUUGGCCAAAAGUGAAACACAGGCUUUAUUCAGUGCGGACUCCAUAGAGCGGGCUAGGAAAAUUCUUGAUCAAAUUCCAGGAAGAGCAACUGGUGCAUACAGUCACAGCCAGGGAAUUAAGGGAUUACGUGAUACUAUUGCUGCUGCAAUCGAGGCUCGUGAUGGUUUUCCUGCUGAUCCAAAUGAUAUUUUCAUGACAGAUGGUGCCAGCCCUGCAGUGCAUAUGAUGAUGCAGUUACUGAUAAGAUCUGAGAAAGAUGGAAUUCUCUGUCCCAUCCCUCAGUAUCCUUUAUACUCCGCUUCAAUUGCGCUGCAUGGUGGAACUUUGGUUCCCUACUAUCUUGAUGAAGCUACAGGAUGGGGUUUGGAAGUAUCUGAGCUUAAGAAACAACUGCAGGAAGCCAAGUCUAAUGGCAUCACUGUUAGGGCCUUGGUUGUAAUAAAUCCAGGCAACCCAACAGGACAGGUUCUUGCUGAGGAAAACCAGAAGGCAAUCGUUGAGUUCUGCAAGGAAGAAGGUCUUGUUUUGCUAGCAGAUGAGGUUUACCAGGAGAAUGUUUAUGUUCCUGAAAAGAAAUUCCACUCUUUUAAGAAGGUUGCCCGAUCUAUGGGUUACGGCGAGAAGGAUAUACACUUGGUAUCUUUUCAGUCGGUCUCGAAAGGGUAUUAUGGAGAGUGUGGAAAAAGGGGAGGUUACAUGGAGGUUACUGGGUUUGGUGCUGAUGUGAGGGAGCAUAUAUACAAAUUAGCAUCUGUGAAUCUGUGUUCUAACAUCACUGGUCAAAUUCUUGCUAGUCUUGUCAUGAGUCCACCUAAGGUUGGAGACAAAUCAUACGAGUCAUACAUUGCUGAAAGAGAUGGAAUCCUCUCAUCUUUAGCACGGCGGGCAAAGACACUGGAAGAUGCUUUCAACAAGUUGGAAGGUAUAACAUGCAACAAGGCAGAAGGUGCAAUGUAUCUUUUCCCCAGAAUUAAUCUGCCUAAAAAGGCAAUCAAAGCUGCUGAAGAAGUGAAAACAGCACCAGAUUUAUUCUACUGCCGUCGUCUCCUCAAUGAAACCGGAAUCGUUUUUGUUCCUGGUUCUGGCUUUGGGCAGGUGCCUGGCACUUGGCAUUUUAGGUGCACAAUACUCCCUCAAGAAGAAAAGAUUCCGGCCAUCGUCACCCGCCUAACAGAUUUCCAUAAACGUUUCAUGGAUGAAUUCCGCGACUAAGUUUGAGGUACCCCUAGCAAGAAUUCGCAAUAAGACGUGUCCUUUACUUUUCCCAUAUAGACAUGGACACUGUUAAUCUUUUCCUUUCCCUUUUUUGUCCUUUCCUAUUUAAUGGAAAGAUAUACCAAUAUUUUCUAGUUGUUCACCAAGUCUUUUUACAAUUUUGAUGUCUUAGUGAGAAAAUCUUGUGAUCAUUUUAUUUACAAGGAUUGCCAGACUUCUGCACUGGAAUCAUUGUUGCUGUUUGUUAAAAUUGAUCCAACCAAGUUGAAUUGAGUGAAAUUUUUUUAAA